AUGGCGGUCGCUGCCAAGGGGGCGCCGGAGUGCCCGGUGUUCCGGCCCACCAUCCAGGAGGUCAACAGCAUGUCGUUUGUGGAGUAUGUGGAGCGGCUGGAGAAGCAGAAGAGCUUCCGCGAGGCCGGCAUCUGCAAGAUAGUGGCGCCCGACGGCUGGGCGCCCCGCCGCACCGGCUACAGCCGCCUCAACUUCGAGCUGCCCAGGCCCAUCCGUCAGCACGCCACGGGGAGGCAGGGCCUGUACCGCACGCUGAUGGUGGAGGGGCGGCGCAUGUCGCUGGACGAGUUCCGGGACAUGGCGCGGGAGGACAUCAACGCGGCGCCACGCGAGGCGGAGCCCGAGGAGCUGGAGCGCCAGUUCUGGCGCAACGUCACGCUCAAACCGCCGCUCUACGGCGCCGACAUCCCCGGCAGCCUGUUUGAGCCGCAGUGCAAGGGCUGGACGCUGCGCCGUCUGCGCAGCCUGCUGAGCGAGACGCUGGAGGAGCAGGGCAUCAAGAUGCCGGGGGUGAACGAGCCCUACCUCUACAUCGGCUCCUGGCGCUCCAUGUUCGCCUGGCACACCGAGGACAUGGACUUGCAUUCGGUCAACUACCUGCACUAUGGAGCAUCCAAGCAGUGGUAUGUGGUGCCCCCCGCCCACCGCCAGCGCUUUGAGCUGCUGAUGCGCAGCCUGCUGCAAGACCUGUUCCGAGCCUGCCCCGAGUUCAUGAGGCACAAGGAGCUGCUGGUGUCGCCCCAGCUGCUGGCCUCCCACGCCAUCCCCGUGGUCAAGGUGGUGCACCACCCGCGCGAGUUUGUGGUGGUGUUCCCGGGGGCGUACCACAGCGGCUUCAACCACGGCUUCAACAUCGCCGAGUCAGUCAACUUUGCCACCAAGGCCUGGCUGCCCGUGGGCGCAGAGGCCGGCUUCUGCGAGUGCCAGUCGGUGCGUGGGAGUCAGUGA